AUGAUGUGGGAGGCACGGACAUUUACGCCACAACAGGUAAAUUUAUGGAGUAAUAACGUGUCACCGAUGUCAAACGACUUGAGCGAGAUCGAAUUCAGCUUUGAUGAGUUCUCUGCUGGAUCAACACCUAAAGCCUCAGAUCCUGGUUCAAGCAACAUGGCGCAAACUGCACUAAGAAAUGUUACACAGAAAACAUUGACUGCUGACAUCAUUGCAAAAAUACAAGCCAUAGACAAUGAAAGUGACCUCUCAACGGAUCAACAAGAAUUAGAGAACACAAAGAUUUUGCAUCAUGGGUUAGACACCGCUAGCGGACAUGAAACUACCGAUUUAAAGCGCCCCGCAUCGGAUGAAAUGAACGGUGAAAAUCACGUUGAAAAUUCAGGCAGAUGCAUGGUUCGCGAUGUAGUAAUUAUUAAGAAUUCUACGUCGCCUUUGGGCUUCUUCAUUCGACAAGGUGAUGGUUCUUUUAGGAAGAAUGGAAUAUUUGUAUCACGCGUUGCACAGCGAAGUUUUGUUUAUGUGAAUGGGUUACUGGAGGUUGGCGAUGAAAUUAUUUCAGUGAAUGAAGUUGAUAUUGAAGGCUUUAGUUUAGACGAUGUUGUACGAAUGAUUCAAAUACCGCGCAAGCUGAUUUUGACCAUCAGAACAAGAGAUUUGUUGACUGAUCAAAAUUCAUAUUCUGAAGAAAUCAACGAAUCCAUAGCUACGAGCGAAAACUUUCACAACACAAUGUCGAAAGGUUUUAAAAUCAAAACUAAAGAUUCCCGCUCAGAACCCAGCAACGACGGUAAACAAACUAUUCAAACAGAAACAGCUAAUGUUGAAAUAGACAAAAAUGCAAACCAUAAGAAGAAAAUUUCCAAGCUGCCAUUUGGCGGAGAUUCGUCGAAUAUUGAAGAACUUAUUAAGGCAAUUCGAGCACAAAAUAAUCGCUUAAAGUCUGCGAAGAAAAAUUCUGAGCAUCAAGAAGACGAAAGCAGACAAUUUGCCGAAGAUCACCGCAACCCGGUCGGUUCUCUUUUGAAACAAAGACACAUAAAUAGACCCGAAGCUCCGACGAGAAAACCGUCAGCUGAUGCAAUAAUUUUAUCAACAAGAACACCCCCACCGCUUGCAAGCCGCAAGUCAAGUACUUUAACGCCCGUUACAUCUGUUAAUUUGAUUUUCGAUGAUCUCGACGAUUUCGCAGUUCCUACCCUUGCUGCUAAUAGCAGCAUGUCCAACGAAGACUCUUUGAAGGUUUACACUUCGGAGCAGGUUCCCCGAAGCCCUACGGGUUCUCCCGAAGGGAGCCCGAAGGCAAGGCGAAGACUUCCGUCGGUGCCAUCCGAAGUCGGACGGACAAGUCGAUGUGAUAGUGAUAGUCGAAGUGAGAGCAGUUCUCCCACGUUAACGAAACCACUACUGAGUCUCCCUUCAGAGCCACGAAACCGUAGAAUGCUACCAACUCCACCACCUUCUCCUGUUGCUUCACAUAAAGAUGCUUCAAAUAGUCGGAAUUCAAGUUCUUCUAACUUUGAGAGCCCUGAGGAUGGAAAAUCAGACAGAAAUAGUUGGAGUGGAUCCACGGAUGGCGAAACCGCGGAGGAAAAAUCUCCAACGCCAUCUACGACUUCUACGCCAUCUCCUUCACGUAAAGACUCCGUUUUGUCACUAAGCCAAAUUUUUAGUGCGUUCGCCUUCAAAACACAUUCAAACGGAGCUGAGACAGGGGAGAAAAACAAAGAUGGCGCGAGACAAGAGGCUUAUAAAACGCCAACUUCCCCACGCAGGCCAGCGCGAAAAAGUGAAUCGCAGUGCCAGGAUAUUGUGGAACAGCAAAGGCACUCCAUGCUUUUAAAUUCCUUCGUUUCUAGUGGAUUGCAAGUUCCUACCGGAACCAGACGGCUAGCGAGUCGAUCAUCACACCCGAAUCUGAAACUUUUAAAUCCUGUCCCAGAAGAAGGCGCGAAGUCCAAGCUUUCUAUCGGAUCAACUUCGACAUCAGGUCACUUUAAGCUGUCUCCCUUUACCAGAAGGCGCGCCAGCCUUCAGUCUAUGACUGAUAAGAGUUUAACCAAUCAGCUUGCCUCGCAAGAUUUGACCGACAGCGACCAACUAAGGAGCGAGGUAGAUGUCGGUUUUAUGAUAUUCCCGGAUGAUUAUAGUGGACAUAAUUUAUUGUCGUCCCAUGCGGUCUCUGGUAUGGUCUCCUUACAUCUAAUCAAAGUCACCAACCUCCCUUUUGCAGAUAAGAAACUACUGGAGAAGAAAAAGAAGGUAUAUUGUGCAGUCGAAGUUGAUUUUGAGCGUAAAGCUUUCACGAGUUCUAAAAGAGCUUCGAAAAGCAUAACAUGGGAUGAAGUCUUUGAUGUAGAAGUUCAGCAUGGUCGUGAAAUCUGUCUGUCUUGUUUCACACCGGGUCGCGAAUUUGACAAACCAGUGGCUAAAGUUUCCUUCAACCUGUCACCUUUUGUCCGAUGCGGCCAGCAGCACAACACCGUGUUUCGUUUACAUCCACAAGGCGCGAUUCACCUCAAAAUGGAAUUCACAGAGAUGAAGGCGUUGCUAAAACGAGCUCCUUCCGACAGAAGUUCGGGCGUGUUCGGCUUUCAACUCAACGUGACUUCGCGCAACGAGAGGGCAAGCGUUCCGUUAAUCGUUCGCAAGUGUGUCGAAGAGAUCGAGAAGCGCGGACUGACAAACGUCGGUCUCUAUCGGAUUUCCGGAAACGCUCGACGGAAGAAGCAAUUACACGCGCAAUUUGACGAAGACAGCACGAAAGUCGACCUGUCAGAAGAGAAUUAUCCUGAUAUCAAUGUCAUCGCCGGCAUUCUGAAAGAUUAUCUUCGAGAACUUCCCGAGCCACUCAUCACUGAAUCUUUGUCCAAAAUGCUGAUUAAAGCUGCUAAAGAACAUGUUCAAGAUCAAGAUUUAGCUGCACAGAAGCGUGUUCUUUCCAAGCUGCUUGUCCAGUUGCCACAACACAACAGAGAAACAUUAGUGUAUUUGUUGAAUCAUUUCUUGCACGUUAUUGCUGAGAAGGAAACGAACAAAAUGGACGCGCACAAUCUAUCAGUAUGUUUCGGCCCCGUACUGUUAUGUCCCCCAGCGAACCUUACAGAAAGUAAGGACUUGUUAGAUCUCAAACUCCAUAACAGAAUUGUAGAAUUCCUUUUGUUUCUUUGGAACAACACUGGUGGGAUAUCUGAAUAGAUUUUAUUUUAGCCGGACCGUUGUUCCAUUUUUUAUAUUUGUCGUUCUGCCCAAAGCAAGAUACUCGCUCACAGAACACAAUAAUAAAAAUGGCAGCUCUAUCAUUAUAUUGAUCAAACAGUUUUAUUAAACCUUCUCCAAGUCAGUUCGUUCAGUCUAGUCUAGAGUACAACUACGCCCCUCAUUCGCUGUGAAUUAGCGGUCAAUUUCUGUAAUUCCCCCCUACUCUUUACACUCCGUUGGCGACAAAUGAUCCUCGUCCAAAAAAACCAUGUUAUCCCCCUCAAAAUCCUCCGAACGACCUCUCCCCCAACCGAUAGGUGAUAACUGGUACCUUGGCUUAAAGGAGAUGCAGGAGGUUUUGACUUAUUAACCAUGAACAAUUCAGGCUGAAUUUUCCGAGUUUUUUUGUUUGAAAUAGGAGUAAAUCUUCAUCCUAAACCAUUGAUUUUCAUUUUUUCUUUUAUUACUCCUAUUUAAUUUUUUUUCUGUCUUUUGAAAGAAAUGUUCCCAUGUUUUUCGUCACGGCCACAGGUAUUCAGUCUGCUCGUCACCAGACUACUCUGCAUCCUUGUUCGGUCUCAAGAGAUGCGUGAAAGAGCAUUUGGGGGAAUCAUGGCGGGGUUCUUGGACGAGUCUAAGGAAUGUGAACGACUUACCGAAAAUCUCCAACCUUCCCCCCUGUCAUCAACUAUUUAUAACUUUGCCAUGCUCAGUGUGUCGAGGUUAAUUUCUUUCCUUUUUCAUUACACGUCGGUAUGUCAAAGCUCUCUGAUGUUAAUUACGUCCCCUCUUUGAAGACUUGAACGUCAACCAAUGAACGUUAUAUUUUCCAAUUAGACUCCAAAAAAAGGUUUCUCAAUUAUUAUGAUCAAGUCUUGCUGAAUAAUUUGUUCUUGGUAUUCGAGGAUAGUUUCAAUCAACAUCGCUUGUCCUUUAACAAUUUCAGCAAAAUAAUAUUUAGUCGGUUUAAGUUAUAUGUUUCAUCCAGGUGAGUGCGAAAAUCGUUUCCUUAUCCUAAUUCGUUUAUUUGUUUAUUCAUACAUUUGUAAUUAUUUUCUUUCUGAUGCAAAAUUUAGAGAAUUUUCUUUGAGCUUGUGCAGUCAACAGCUGGUUGUAGUAUGAUUUUUCUUUCUGUGAGAGGACGAUAAACGCAUUGGUUAAUUGUAUUGAAUAACGGGGGCAAGUUUCAAAGGAAACUGUGGUGCUGCGUCGGUGGGAGAGUAAAAGCCUUCGUCAACCGCUCUGACGAAGGGCUAACGCUCGAAACGUCAGCCUUUAAACUCUUUACGGUGGCCAAUUUAUGUUAUCAAUUCAAUUGAUAACACUAAGUUACCCUGUAUUGAUUGAAAUAGCAUUUCGUGAUUUCGCUAAACUCUAUUCAUCGUGGAACGCCGGCUGUUUGAAAUGGAUCAGUUGGAAAACUAAACCAAAAUUUUCAAAUGUAGCUAUUUUUGGACGUAACUGUUUGGCCUACCCUUUGAAAACGAAAAUUUUUCUCUUAUUAGUCAGCAAAUUUAAUUUAACAAAUACUUGAAUUAAAUAAGAAAAAUACUACGCCCUUUCGAUCCCGAAGGAACAAAACUAUAAUCGGUACGUACGUGAAAACUCAGUGUCGCAAGUUCAGAUAGGUUGUUCUUAUUCGAGCAAUUCUUACCCCAAAUUAAUGACGACUUGAGCACUAUGAUUGACAGUCUAAAUCACUUACAUAAAUGUUCACUGAUGGACAUUGAGAGUUACUCAAUUCAUGGUUACCUCUUAGUGUUACCAGGAACAGUAUUACUUUUUACUUUUAUAUUUCUGUGAUGUAUACAUCUUAUGGCUUAAAAUUACGCAAUUUUUUAAUCGUGAAAGAUAGCCUUAAGCUAUUAUUCUUGUCGUGACUUUUCUCAAAGAUUUAAGAGCAGUGAAAAUGUGAUUAGUGUACGAGGUCGUAAAAACGAUGGGAGGUCCCCUCAUUUUCUCUCGUUAAGACUAGAGUGUAAGAUUGGAGUUUAUCAAUAUGACAACCUCAAGUAAAGUUCAGUUUUUUCGCUCUCGGAGCUCGUGCGCUGGAUAUUCCUAGAAGUUAACUGUGUUAUUAGCACGUCUUAGAGAUCAAGAGUCAAUUAAUUUGUGUGUCUUGGUUCACCAGGCCACCAAUCUCCAACAUACGUAGCUCUUACUUUUGCUUUCAUGUUUUUAUUCUCUCCGUUUCCUUUCCAGGCUGUAUACUUGAAUAUAUUUUAAACUAUUAUUUCAUUAUUUUCCUUAUUAAUAGAACACUGUGAUGUCGAACUUGUCAGUCGCCUUUGCCAUGCAUUCAAAUACAACGCUCCAUGAAAACCAUGGAAACAAUUCCAGAGAAGAGCUGAUUAAUAUCUUGAGCUUGUUUCAAAAGAUAUCACUAGCAGCACCGUACUUCAUAAUUGAGCCGCUUGCUUUGUUCCUGAAUUUCUUGACUCUUUACAUUUUACGAAAAAAAGAGGCGCAGUCAUGCAGACGAAUACGUCGAGUCAAAGGACACGAGCGAGUGAUGGCUCGGCCA